AUGCUCGUGUUCGCUGAACAUCAGGUCCGGGCUCAAGUCUGCGGGGAUCACAGGUGCAGACCCGCUGUGCUGCGCGGCGUGCCGGUCGCUGAGAUGCGGAAGGUGGUUUUGAUCACCGGGGCGAGCAGUGGCAUUGGGCUAGCUCUUUGCAAGAGGCUGCUGGAGGAAGAUGAUGAACUUCACCUGUGCUUGGCGUGUCGGAACAUGAGCAAAGCUGGAGGCACUCGUUCUGCCCUGCUGGCUGAUCACCCAUCCGCAGAAGUCAGCCUUGUGCGGGUGGAUGUCAGUAAGCUGCAGUCAGUGGUCCAGGCUGCAGAGGAAAUCAAAAAGAGGUUUCAAAGAUUAGACUACUUAUAUCUGAAUGCUGGGAUUAUGCCUAAUCCGCAGCUAAAUAUCAAAGCAUUUUUCUCUGGCCUCUUCUCAAGAAACGUGAUUCAUAUGUUCUCCACAGCUGAAGGCCUGUUAACCCAGAAUGACAGAGUUACUGCUGAUGGGUUCCAGGAGGUGUUUGAAACCAAUGUCUUUGGCCACUUUAUCCUGAUUCGGGAGCUGGAGCCUCUUCUUUGCCACAGGGACAAUCCAUCUCAGCUCAUCUGGACGUCUUCUCGUAACGCCAAGAAAUCUAACUUCAGUCUUGAGGAUAUACAGCACAGCAAAGGCCAGGAACCCUACAGCUCUUCCAAAUAUGCCACUGACCUGCUGAAUGUGGCUUUGAACAGGAAUUUCAACCAGAAAGGUCUGUAUUCCAGUGUGAUUUGCCCAGGUGUAGUACUGACCAAUUUGACAUAUGGAAUUCUUCCUCCCUUCCUGUGGACUCUGCUUCUGCCAGUGAUAUGGCUGCUUCGCUUUUUUGCAAAUGCCUUUACUUUGACGCCACACAAUGGAGCCGAAGCACUGGUGUGGGUUUUCCACCAAAAGCCAGAGUCUCUCAAUCCUCUGGCCAAAUAUCUCAGUGCGACCACAGGCUUUGGAAAUAACUACGUCAAGGCCCAAAAGAUGGACGUCGAUGAAGACACUGCUGAAAAAUUUUACCAAACUUUACUGGAGCUGGAGAAACGUGUGAGGAUCGCCAUUCAGAAGUCAGAUCAGCCAAGCUGAUGAUGAUGCUCUCGUGAGCAUCCCAUACCGUCUGCAUAGCCUGGGGCAUGCGGCUUUCCACUGUGCCAGAUGAUAUGUGUUCAUGGUGAACUAUAAACUGUGAUGAUCUCUUUUCCUACCUUUCAGAAUUAUCUCCAAGGCUGUGUGUCUGUGUGUGUAUGUGUUCAUAUGUAUGCAUGCAUACAUGUAUGCACAUGUGAAAAAGAUCAGCAAAGAAAAGAUAGCGACUAAAUAUCCUUCAAACCAGCUUCCUGUCAGAAUUAUUAGUCCUCCUAUGGAGCACUGCUUAGAUUGUUCUGCCACCUGGAGCCCCGUAGACUCCGUGUGGUACGGCACAGACUUGAGUGACCGGCACACAGGGACGGCCGGAACCUCUUUUUUUGGCCUUCCUAACAAGCAGGGGUACUUCCACUCUCCAAGUAGCAGUUUUAACUUUCAUUUUCUUUUUUCUUUUCUUUUCGAUCAUUUUUUCUUACCUCUUUCUUUCCCUAUAUGCUGCUCCUGAUAACCUGAAAAGAUUGUCAGAAUCCAAACAGUCCCAGCAUUGCUGCCUACGCAGUUAAUUUAAGGAGCAAAAUAUGAGUGUGUUUGGGUCACUUGCAUUGUUUCUGCUUUUUAAAAGCAUUUUUUAAAAAUCAGUAUUGAGAUAACAAAGCUACCACUGAGACUGAUCUUUAAUAUCAUUUGAUGAUAUAUUCAUUAUGAAUGACUUACUUUUCAUUAUCAUAUUUUAAUAGAAUUUAACUUGCAACAAAACAUUAUCCACUCAAGUUAAGUUUCAAUGAAAUCUUCUAAUUGAGAAGCUAACAGGGCUAUCUGCUGGUAUCAGGUGCAUGGUUGCAGUGGAAGAAAAUGGUUGAUUCUGUGUGUCAGAUGACCAAGCGAAACUUUUAAGAGAAAAGAGCCAUAACGGAACCUCUUUUGGUAUGAAAACAAGAUGCUAAAAUAACGAGAUAUUUUUAAUCAUCCAAGUAUAGCCAACACAUCAUCUGGAAUAUAAUAAAGUCAGUAAAAAUUUGAAUAAGUAAAAGUGAAAAAUAAUACAUCAUUUCCUUGCAGCUUGUAGCAUAAAAAUGUUCUGAUUUUGAGUUUCUCUCAUUUUGUUGUCCAAGAUUUUUGUGUAAAGAUAAAUGUUCUAUAGUGAAAGUGAGGCUGUACCCCAUGGGACCCAGUCUGCUGUCUUUGGGAAGAAGUCCUGGCCAUUUCUCACUCUUCUACCAACUCACACAGCCCAUUUGGAGAAAUCACCCUGUCCACUGAACGCACAUCCCUAAUGUGAAGCAGGCACCUCUGCCUCCUCUACUCACGGGUUUGCAGUGAGGACCGGAUGCUGUGUCUGUGAGAACGUUCCAUGGUUUUAGAGAGUGAUGAUGCUCCUUGGAGAUCAGCAAAGCAGCCUCCCAUGGUUCAGGUGCUGCUCUGACUAGCCAUGGGCCCAGCUGAUGGGUAGUUGGUUCUGUUUCUCAGGCUUUACCAGGAGACAGCAUGGAGUUGUGUGCAAUGGCAUGUCUCCAUGGGCUGGAGCUGGGUAGAUGGACUGAACUUGCCUUUGGAGAGUGGCAUAGCUUGGGUUUUGGUUCUUUGUGAGUUUGGAAGAAUUUGUCCUUUUUCUGGGUUAGUUUAUGAACGCAAAGUCUUAUCUUUCCAGUGGCUACAGGAUCCGUAAUGACUCCCCCGUCUCAUUCUUGAUACUGGUGUCUUAAGUGCUGUCAGUAGUGCUAGGAGUUUUUCCAUUUUGUUGACAUUUUCCAAGAACCAAAUUUCUGCUUCAUUGAUUAUUUUUUUCCUCAGUUGUUUAUUUACUGUUCAUUUCACAGAUUUUCAACCCUGAUUGUUCUUGUUUUCUUCUUUCUGCUUGCUUUGGGUUUAUUUUACUCAUCUUUUCCCAGUUUCUUGAGGUGAAAACUUUUAAGUUCCUGAUUUGAAAUUUUUCAUUGUUAUUAUAUGCUUUUAAUUCUGUUUCCCUCUGAGCGCGGCUUAGCUGCAUCUCACAUGUUCUGACAUGUCCACAUUUUUGUCCUAGGUAAUUUUAUUAAUUUCUCUUGAGGUUUUUCCAUGACUUAUUAAAAGUUUUAUUUAAUGUCCACAGUUUUCAGAGAUAAAAAAAUAGUUACUGGUUUCUAGUUGUAUUUGUUGUGGUUUUCUAGCUUAAUGCUGAUAGGGUCAGAGGAUACAUUGCGUUCUAUUUCUGUGUUUUCAGUUUGUUGAGGUUUGUAUUAGGAUGCAGGAUCUGGUCUGCCUUGGUGCUUUAUGGAGUUUCCUCCAGAGCAUGCCUGCUGUUGUUUCCUCUUCAGAACUCUCAGGGAUUUGCUUUCUUUGUGUUUUGUGCAGUGUUCACUGUUUUCCAGGAAGGUGUUCUGCAGCGGCUGCACUGAAGGCAUUGAGAACAGUAUUUCUAAUCCAUCUUCACUUCUGUCCGGAUUUUACUCUAGCUCUCUUCCGUACUCAGUCCAUUUUUCUUGCUUUAUGUCCAUUUCUGUUUUUAGUUUGAAAUUUUUUAAUGUUUUCCAGAUGCCUACUUGAGAUAGUGAAUUCAGGCUUAUGGAGUUUGUCUCUUCUCCCUUGCCUGCUUCCUUGGGCAGGAGUGGGGCGUGUAGACGUUACCAGCUGAAGCAUUGUUUUCUCAUUUCAUUUUCUUCACUCUCAGUGAGGUCUUUUCUAGUCACUGAAUCUAAAAUCUCCUCCUCUCAGGUUUUAUCAUCUUCAUCUACCUUAAACAUUCAUUUGAAGAGCCCAGCGUGGUGGCGCACGCCUUUGAUCCCAGCACUCUGGAGGCAGAGGCAGGUGGAUCUCUGAGAUCGAGGCCAGCCUGGUCUACACAGAGAGUUCUAGGCCAGCUGGGGCUACAGGGAGACCCUGUCUCAAAAAGAAAAAGGAAAAAAAAGAAAAAGAAAGAAAAAAACGGGGGUAAAGCUGUGAUAAAGGUAAAUCUUUUCUUUUUUCAAAAUUUUAUUUUAUUGUUUUCAUUUUAUGUGUAUGAGUGUAUUGUCUACAUGCAUGUGA